UUUGCAGAUAUUCAUCCACCAAUUCCUGGUGAGAAUCUCUAUUCGACUGCGUCUCUUCAUUUGUUACAAUACCAUCGUCUUUCAACAUAUAGAUAAAAAUUCAAAUGCAAGCAGUAAUAGCACUUUGUCACUUUUGUGAAAACCACGGACCAAGAGUUGUUAUGACUUGUCAGCCAAUGCGAGACGUUGAUGAUAAAGGCGCUUCAUGUACAGCUUCAACAUCAUUAGGACCAUCUACAAGUAGCUCACCUCCAGGAAUAAUAGUUCCUUUAAUAAAGUUCGAUGGUGAAUGUGUUGUAAAGGAAAAAACUAACACAGAAGAUGGCACAUCUUAUCCCCAUUAUGGGAAUUGUACAAAGUUUACAAUUGAUACGGAGGACAGAUGCUCGGCAUGCUCCUCAUUUCGAAAUGGACCUUGCCUUCUGUCAAAUGAUCAUCAAACAAAAACGAGCUACAUCUCUUCAGAGGUAGCACUUCAAGAUCGAGUAUACGAACGGGUGAAAAAUGCGUGCUUACGGUCUCUAAGCUGUGAAGUGUCGGCUGCUUCAAAGAAAAAUCCCGUACAACCUCCGCCUCCACCGUUAUCAAGGUCUACAACACCCAGAAAGAUUCAUCCAUAUGUGAUACACGAGGAACCGUUACAUGGAACAAGGAUUCCGCCAUCGUCCACAGUACUUCAAGAACCUAUUGAAGAUGGAGCUUUUGAGCAACCAGCAGCAGAAGAAGCGGACGGUUAUGUGAUAUUUGGAGAUACCGACAAUGGAUUUUGUUUUGCUUAUAUAUUUCGAUUAGCAGAUGCGAAAGCGCGAGGAUUCUACCGAUUGUUUUCGUUGAUUGUCGUUAGCAAUGAUCUUACAUUUUUAACAAAUAAUUUUGAAUAUUUCAAAACAACGCUGGGUGGAAUAAAAAACGAUCUUCAGAAAUUGGCUCAAGACGUAUUCAGCAGAGAAAUUGAUACUGGCGAGAAGUUAUCGGAAGAUGAUAUACACAAACCAGAAUUUCAAAAAUUGGUUGGAAAAAUGCCAAGUUGGUAUAGAAGAAAGAUAGCCAUCGACACGGAUCGAAAUCUGACAGUUGUGACAGCAAAUAAUGAUAUCUGGGUGCAAUUACACAGGCAUAUGAUGUGGACUCUUCGCUCUCCAACUCUGGCAUGUCUCGAUCAGGUUAUGGAAGGGAAACCAACACAGGAUAUGAUGGUGCUCUUGGAACUGGAGGAAUCCCAAAUUGUGGAACUCGAACUGAGGCAUCCAAACCAACACCUGUUUGGAUUUCAGGUUUCAAUGGCCCAGUUGGCGAAUCUCAAGAUCAUCGCAACUCAACUAAAUACUUGCAGCGAGCCUGGUGAUCUGGAUCUUUUAAUUCGUCAUAUUGUCACUGGAGGACAGGUUGUCGUCGAAUCGCGCGAAAAAGAAUAUUGCCGUCAAUUCUUGCUUGCCAUCUCGAAUUUACUCCCAAUUGGAUGCAUUAAAUUGGCAACAUACAAGGAACAGUACCUGCCCGAAUACAGCUCUCGAUUCAAUCUCAUUGGAGGCCCUCACAACAUGGACAUUCCACUCGAAGUUUCGGAUGUAAUGGUUUUUCGUGUUUCACCACGGGAUGUUUCGAUUGUUGAUAUCGAACAAAUGUCGCUUGUGAACUGCGUCAUUGAAGUUCGUCGUCGUCCGGAGAAUGACGGAUCGAAUGGACCACUUCCCCGUAUCGUGAACCGCUACCGUGAUUUGCUUCUCGACUCAGAUGUGACGGAUACUAUUCUCGAAACUGCACUUCGCACGACACGUGAAGGAUGGAUGCUCAAAGCAAAGAUCUGCUACCAAAUGACCAAACAGCUUUCACAUCCCCAAGUAUUCGAACACAUCACCGGAUGCGGCGUUGAGGAUCAACAAGUUGUUUCAUACUGGACAGCUGGACUCUCGAAUGCAUACAAACUACAUGUUCUUACUUCAAUCCAACAGUCUCAAACCUCUACUGCUCGUUGAUUUGUUCGAUUCUUCAGUUGGCUUCAUUAUUUUUUGCAAGACGGCUGUGCCGUUUUAUGCUCUUCAUCUGGCUGUGCAUCGUCGUAGUUGUCGUAGAUAGUUUUACAUACUUGUGCAAGCUUUUUCAAACUUUCAAUCACUUCAAUUUUCAAAACACAAAAAAAUUUGACCCAUUUUGUGCUACCCACUUCUUUGACUCGUUUCUCACAAACGUUAUUCUACAUUAUCUAUUCUGCGUUAUUAUCACUUCCCGUUCUCUUUUAAUCAUAUUCAUAAUAACCCACCUCAUGUGUUUCUUCUCCUCAAUUUCCUUGACUCAUAAUAUGAUUUUUUUCUUACAUUCUAAACAUCUCGUUUUUCUUUUUUUUUCUAUUGAAUUCUUCAAAGUGUGUAGUCGUUCUAGCCGAUUCCUCUUUCUCUCCUGAUCCCCAAUUAGGUUGAGUUGUCUGGUAUUUUCAUCAUCUUCCAAUCUGUCCAAUUAUUUGCCGUUUUCAUUGGCUUGUUUUGUUUUUCCGGUAGCAUCUCCAAAAACCAAAUCCGUUUCCGUAAUUUUCCCUACCUCAAAAAACGCGUUGCGCAGAGAAUACUGUUACUGCCACGCCCCUUUAUGCCCCCGGAGGGUUCAUAAAAUCUCCAUUUGUUUUAAUAGGCAUCGGUGAUAUUCAUGUACUAUUCGCCGCGUUACACAAUCGAGCUUUUUCACCCACAAUACCAUCUCUAAAUAAGCAUCUCUUCUCUCCACACCGUCCAAUCAUUUUCUCUAUAUAUUGACGCGAAAAUCUCUUUCUCAUCCUUUUUGUCGUUUCUUUCCCAUUGCUUUGUCUGUUUCAUUCAUUCACGAUGGCGUAUUCGUUCAUUUUUUUCUCCUUCCAUCGGUUUAUUCGUUUUAUAUUAAUUCAUACACCAUUACUUUACGCAUUUUAUUCAUUGUAAAAUAAAUGAGAUUUCGUUUCA